UCCGAGAGAUGCCCCCCGACCCCCCAUACGUCCCAGUAUCCUACAAAGCUCCGGAGCCUUGGGCAGAGCACAGCAGACCCCGAGCGCUGCCCCCCGUCCAACACAAACCUCCUUCAGACUACGGAGCGGAGCAGAACAAGUGGAUGGGCCCCAAUGGAGAGACCAUGUCGGACCCUGAACGUGACGUGUUGGUCCUCAAUCACGUGCUGGGAGAUAUGGACCUUUUUGUGGGGCGGCUGCAGGGCAGCGCAGGGAGCACCAAAACCCCAAAGAAGAAGAAGAAGAAGAAGAAGAAGAAAGGUGGGGGGGUGAGGGGGGGGCAGUGCUCAGGGUGCGAUGGGGCUCUGGGGGCGUACAACUGGCAGCACAUCCAGACCCCCUCCGGACCCGAACUGCUGGAUCUCAUCUUCCAAACCCUGACCUCUGUCCUGGAGGAGUGCCCCCACCCCCACCUGGCUGAGGAGGUGGAGACCCCCCUGCUGCUCCCGGAGGCGCUGCAGCUGCUGGAUGGGACCCUCCUGCCCGACCAGCACCGCACCUGGAAGAGUUUGGGAAUGGCCUGGAACAGGAGCCGGUGGGGCGGCCCUAAACCUUCCAAUGGGGCACCCAGUGCAGAUAACCCCACCCUACCCCACCCCCAACCUCAACCCUCAUCCUAACCCAAGCCUAACCCUAAUCUAACCCAAUCCUAACCGUAACCUCAACCAAACUCAACUCCAACCCCACCUCAAUCCCAACGCAACCCA